AUAACACACACACACACACACACACACACACACACACACACACACACACAGGUGAGGUGUUAGAGUCCGCUCAUACACUCGGAAAAAGUCUCUGUGAUGGUUUCUCUCUGAGUCUCCGGCAGUUUGUCCUCACCUACUUUACCUGUCUCACCUCUCUCUCACCUCACCUGUCUGACUCACCUGUCUGUCUCUCUCCUGUCUGUCUCUCAUCUGAGUGUGAUCGAGCUUCCUGUCGACUCCCGGAGGAACACGAGCUGCUGAGAGUCAUGGAGUCCAGAGGAAGAGGAGGAGGAGGAGGAGGAGGAGACACCCUGAGGUCUCUGAACAACAGCACUGAUACUGCAGAUACUACCAGUACUGCAGAUACUACUGAUACUACCAGUACUACAGAUACUACCAGUACUGCAGAUACUACUGAUACUACCAGUACUGCCAAUACUGCAGAUACUACCAGUACUGGGAAUACUGCAGAUACUACCAGUACUGCUAAAGAUACUACUACCAGUACUGCCAAUACUACUACAGACACUAGUACUGGGAAUACUACUACAGACACUAGUACUGGGAAUACUACUACAGACACUAGUACUGGGAAUACUACUACAGACACUAGUACUGGGAAUACUACUACAGACACUAGUACUGUCAAUACUACUACAGACACUAGUACUGGGAAUACUACUACAGACACUAGUACUGGGAAUACUACUACAGACACCAGUACUGGGAAUACUACUACAGACACUAGUACUGGGAAUACUACUACAGACACUAGUACUACCAGUAUUACCAAUACUACUACAGACACUAGUACUGGGAAUACUACUACAGACCCUAGUACUGGGAAUACUACUACAGACACUAGUACUGGGAAUACUACCACAGACACUAGUACUGGGAAUACUACUACAGACACCAGUACUGGGAAUACUACUACAGACACUAGUACUGGGAAUACUACUACAGACACUAGUACUGGGAAUACUACUACAGACACCAGUACUGGGAAUACUACUACAGACACCAGUACUGGGAAUACUACUACAGACACUAGUACUGGGAAUACUACUACAGACACUAGUACUGGGAAUACUACUACAGACACUAGUACUGGGAAUACUACUACAGACACUAGUACUGGGAAUACUACUACAGACACUAGUACUGGGAAUACUACUACAGACACUAGUACUGGGAAUACUGCCACAGAUACUGGCCGUCCUGUAACAGCUGCUGCUCUCUCAGGAGCCGUGGAGCUGCUGUCCAAUCAGAGGCCAGCUCCUCCCAGCAGUCUGGCCUUCUCAAGACCAACGAAGAAGAAGAAAGUCCUGGUGGCUCCAGCGCUCAGUCUGUCCUUAGGUCGCAGUGAGUCUAUGCUCUCGGAGGAUUUCCCCCCCGCCUUCCUCUCUCCAGACGAGGACUUCGAUCUGGACGGCAUGGAGACUCCGUCUGACAGCGAGUCGCUGUGCUUCCCCGUCUACGAGCUGGACCUGGAGGAUGACCUGCGGCGUCUCGGCGUGGCGACUCGGCGCCGGGCAGAGUUCAGAUCCGGUCCGCGCUCCAGGUUUGAGUUCGACUCCGGGUCUUCUUCAGCAGCAGUGGGGGGGCAGCAGGAGGAUGUAGUGGAUCCGCAGGGCACCAGGUGGCGCUGUUUCUCCACCGGGGGGCCGGAGAGCAGAGUCAACAUGAGCGUCCUGCAGCCCUACCUGAGGGUGCUGUCACACGGAGGUUACUAUGGAGACGGUAUGAACGACAUCAUCGGGGUGUUUGCUUCCUGUUACCCAUGCCGAAGAACAGCCUGGUUAACUACCAGCAGGAUGAUGGAUCACCUGUUCAGGUACGUGGUGGGCACUCUGGACCUGAUGGUGAGGGAGAACUACCUGAUGGUGUACCUGUGUGCUGGAGGGCAGAGAGACAAGCUGCCAGGAAUCAGCUGGCUGAGGGAGUGUUACACCACCAUCAACCACAGGCUGAGGAAGAACCUGAAGGGGUUCUACGUGGUCCACCCCACCUGGUACAUCAAGGCCCUCGCCACCAUCAUCAAACCCUUCAUCAGUUCUAAGUUCAGUAGGAAGCUUCAGUUUGUGGAGUCUCUCCAGGAGCUCUCUCUGCUCGUCCCAGUGGAUCAGGUUCAGAUCCCAGCUGCUGUGUCUCAGUACGACGAGAAGCUGUGACGCUGCAUAGAGAAGAACAGUCACAUGACCCGGGGUCGGGAGCUUCACACACUGUGUGUGUGGUGUGGUGUGUGUGUGUGGUGUGUGUGGUGUGUGUGUGUGUGUGGUGUGUGUGUGUGUGUGUUGUGUGUGGUGUGUGUGUGUGUGUGUGUGUGUGUGUGGUACAAAUGACUCAUCAUGUGAUUCUGUUGUCAGCCAAACAAACCAGAAACACAAAAUAAUGUUUAAUUUACAAAAUGUUCUGAUAAAGUUGACUUUACUUCCAUUGCACUGAGUCUUUCUCUGACUGACCCCAGCUCUAGUUACGGACACAUUAAUGCAUCAAUAAAAUAAUAGUAAAGAGUG